AUGACGACCGUCGUCAACCAUCAUCUGCCCCCGUGGUCCGCGGUUACUGUGGUGUCGAUCGUCGCGAUCGUCGUCUCGCUGGCGCCGGCGUCUCUGUGUUCGGUGCAGCAGUCCAGCAGCGGCAACGGGCUAUGGGACGAUCUGGUGGGCAAGUGCGACGGCCCCAGGAACACGAUGGACUGCGUGCGCAGCCGGCUGUACAAUUACGUCGACCACACGUUCGAAUCCGACUUUAACAUCACCGACGGGCUGACAUUCACGAAGAACAACAACGACUACGAGUCCAUGUGCCCCCCCGGCAACAACGAGACCACGACCACGUCCUACCGGGAAGCCCGAGCUCCCGAAAUGGAAGAAGAAGCAGUGGCCGAUGACGGCUGGACCGACGUCACGGAUCAGCUGUACAAAAAGGGCGCCAAAUACUUGGCGACCCACGACUUCGAGGCCACCGUACCGAGUUUUUUGGGAGGUGGACCCGGCGCUAGGGUUCGUCUGUCGCCCAAAAAAAUCCUGCCCGAUGGAGGUAUAAUUCUGCGGAUGGACGUGUUGCCGGCUGAAAGAGACGCCCGAUCGCCAAGGUUCAUGCACAAGAUGAUAAAGCAACUGUUCAAAAAGAAACUCAUGUCCAGCGGGAUGGCUCUGAUGUUGAUCAUCAAACUGAUCAAGAUCAAGGUGUUGUUCCUGUUGCCACUGUUGAUCGGAGCGGGCGCCGCCAAGAAGAUCCUGCUCAAGGUCCUGCUGUUCGUAUUCCCGCCGUUGGCCCACUUGUUCAAGCUCUGUUCGUACUACCACCACCACGCCUCAAAGUUCUAUCACUUCCACCACCACAAGGUGAAGCACCACCAUCACCAUCUCAAGGUCCCUGUACCGGUACCUGUGCCAAUCAAACCACCGCCGAGCUACCACGGCGAUUACUACCCCGCAGGACCCACGUUGGACCAUCCACCGCCGGGACCAUACGAUUCGCCCGAGACUUUGGGAGGCAGUGACUAUUACAACCGCAACAGUUUGGAAAUGAACAACGUCGUGUCGGACCACGCGGACGAGCUGGCCAGUUGGGGUUUGGGCGAUUACGCGGAAGGCGCGUCGCAGUUCGACGCCCCCAAGUACGAGUACUCGGCAUCGCCCUCGCAGUACGAACCGCUCAAGUACGGCGGCGGCGGCGACAGCGGUGGCGGCGGAGGUCCUCCACCAUCGCCGUACGCUGAGAAGUACGUCAAGAGGGGGGACAACGGAAAUCCCGCCUUGGGCAGACCGCCACCCGCGCUGCAACAGGUGGCGACGCACGAUCCGGUGUACACUCCAGUCGUACAGAAAUUGGACGAGAUAUUCCAUGAAUUGGCCGUGCACGAGGAACCAUGCAAAGAGAAAUUGGUGUGCAAGAUGUACGGCGACCCAGGCAGAUUCAGUCCGCACAGCAACCUGGUGUCCGCGCAGUUGAGCAGCGAGACGGCUGCGAGUUCCGGCGGAAGAACGGGCGUCAGCCUGGACGCCACGAGACUGUGGCGUUACGUGCAAGCGGCCAAGGAAGGCCAAAACGGCGAAGACUGUCGUAUCCUCUACCAGGCGUGCACCAUGAUCGGACUAUGA